UCGGCCAAAAUGAUAAGUGAACCUCUUUCACUUAUGUAUGGGAUUGACUUGCAAACUCGAUGUCUAGUUGCAGUUCCAGCGGAACCUGAGAGGACGUAUUUUCUUGUUGGGACUUUGUCGUUAAAACAAGAGAACCAGGUUUUCACUGUCAAAUCAUUUGUCUUGUCUGUACUGGAAGUGGAUGACGACUGGUUGCAAAUAUCAAAACGUACUUUCCCUCACCCAGCUGGUGAAAUUUGGCAUAUUGCUAGUUCCCCUACAGAUCAAAAUGUUGCCGCAACGUGUUACUGUAACUAUAAUGACGGGAUAAAAUCAGGUGCGUCGUUGUGGCGUUUAGACUAUACGAAUAACACAUUGUCACUGAUAACAUCUUCUCCCGGAGGUCUCGGUGGAAAAUGUUAUGCGUUCGAGUUCCAUCCUGACGGGAACAAGGCAGCCAUUGCAGUCAAUAAGGGGAUAUAUUUUGUCGACCUCGAACAAUCUAUGGAGAUUAAAGAUAGCAUCAACAGUGAGUCAAAAAGUAAUAUUCGCGCUGUAUCGUGGAAUCCACAUUCUGGGGGGAAUAUGAUAGCAGCCGUUUAUGACAGUACAGUUAAAGGCAUUGACUCUAGAUCACUUCAAGAUGCAUUUGUUAUCGACAAUGCUAACGUUCCUAACGUCCGCAACCUUGAUUUCAAUCCAAAUGUGCAAUAUACCUUGGCCACCUGCGGUGACGACUGUAAAGUUGCAAUUUGGGAUACAAGAAAUACGACGCAGCGACUAAAAACCUUAGAAGACCAUUCCCAUUGGGUUUGGUCAGUUAAAUUUAACCCGAUUCACGACCAGCUGAUAUUAUCAGCAGGCAGUGACGCAAGAUUAUUUCUAAACUGUGUUUCAUCUGUGAGCUCAGAGGCCCUCCACCCUUUAGAUGUCUCUGCAGAAGACACAGAAACCGAAGUACAUAAAAAGCUUGGUGACGAAAGGCUUGAAAAGGUUGAAGAACAUGAAGAAUCAGUUUAUGCUUGCGCAUGGGCAGGAAAUGAUCCUUGGGUUUUUGCUUCUUUGUCUUACGACGGCAGGUUAAUUAUAUCUCGAGUGAAGCGGCACCAUAAGUACGCUAUAUUACGUUUGUGGUGA